AUGGGGCGGUCCACGUGGGCCCCAGUGGUGGUCACAGCCUCACUGAUGGUGUCCCUGCUGCUGGCAUCUUUGGAGGUGGUGGUGUGGGCCAUGCCCCAUGACAACAGGAGCUCGGCUGAUUUCUCCGAUCUCUUCUUGGGGGUCCCUGCAAGCCCGGAGGGCAUGGGGAUCUGUCUGACCGAAGCCAAGGCAACCAACACAUGCCACCCCUCAAUGGGCAACCACUCGCUGGACACCAUCGUGCCCUUCCGACGGUCAGGCUGCAAGGUCAGGGCCGGCUUCAAGGCUGCCACUGUCCAUGACAAGGACCCCGGGGACCUGCGGAGGCAGAGGGCCAUCCCAUCCACAUGGGUGGGCAAGGCCACUUCCCGUGACCUGAGGGUCAUUGCGCUCUGUGACAAGUCAGCCCACACACUGCUCCUGUCCGAGGCCACACCGUGUCCAGUACUGGACUGUCACCCGGCGCUGGCUGUGUCCUGGGUGCUGGGCCGUGCCCUGGCCCUGAUGGCGACCACGCUGCUCGUGUCACGCCGCCUGUGGCUGUGGCUCCGGGCCCGCUGGGGCCAGGGGUCGGUCACAAAGUCACCCGCGUGCCAGAAGGCCCAGGUGAGGACGUUCACGCGCCUCAACGACUUGUGCGCCAUCUGCCUGGAUGACUACGAGGAAGGUGACCAGCUCAAGAUUCUGCCCUGCUCACACACCUACCACUGCCGCUGCAUCGACCCCUGGUUCUCACUGGCUGCCCGCCGCUCCUGUCCCCUCUGCAAACAGUCUGUGGCCAGCACCCAAGACGACGGCUCUACUGUGGACAGCGUCUGGGACGAUGACCGGUCCCUGUCCAGCCGGCCGCCUAUCUGGGCCAUGCAGGCACAGCUUCGCUCCCGGAGGCUCGAGCUCCUGGCCCGGGCUGGCCCGUGUCACCGCUGCAGUGCCACGUCCCUGGGGGGGGCUGGCAACAUGGCCUCUUCCAACGCGUCCCCAGGACCCUCAUGA